CCGACGCACGUCAUCUGUCUUCAGGUUGAUCUCUCCCUAUGCUCCGUGAUCGACCCAACAUGCCCUGAUAAUGGGGAACACCAACAGCUCUCAUAAGAUCUCCGCGCAGGACCGGGCAAUCCUCGAUCUCAAGAACCAGCGCGACAAGCUCCAUCAGUACCAGAAGCGGAUUACAGUUCUUACGGACCGCGAAACUGCAAUCGCGAAAGAUUGUCUUGCCCGGAAUGACCGCAAGCGCGCCCUGCUCGCCCUGCGCCGCAAAAAGUACCAGGAGUCGCUCUUGGAUAAGACCGAUAAGCAACUCGAGCAGCUGGAGCAGCUUACGGGACAGAUCGAAUUUGCACUCGUGCAGAAAGAUGUCCUUUUCGGCCUGCAGCAGGGCACCAAGGUCUUGCAGACCAUCAACAAGGAAAUGGGCGGCCUUGAAGGGGUAGAGAAACUAAUGGGCGAGACGGAGGAGGCGAGAGCCUAUCAGGAGGAAAUCAGCGAGAUGCUCGCUGGGCGUUUGUCCACUCAAGAUGAAGACGAAGUUGAGGAGGAACUGGAGGCGUUGCAACGGGAUACACAGGGCCCAGUUGUCCUGCCCAAUGCGCCUAGCUCUACACUCCCAGAGCAGGCAGAGGGCGAGGCGUUCAAGGAAGACGAACAAGUUGCGGAAGAAGCAGACGCCGCGGUUGAGGAGCGAGUUGCGAUUCCUGCUUGAUACUGACGCAUACAUACGAUGCUCCCAUACGGGAGGCUAUUCCAUUCGCAAACGUUGGCAUUUGUGGCGUUGGUGGUUUCUAGGGAUUCCAAAGUAUAGCAUUGUUAGAUUUUCUGCUAUUCGAACGCAAGUAACUAGACAGCUGAACAUGGAUUGGCGCG